AAGCGCUAGGAUUAAAGGCGUGCGCUACCACGGCCCGGCUUUUAAAAAAAAAGAAAAGUCUUAUGUGGGAAAGCUAAUCCAACGCUGUUCGUGGCGGAAUGUUGAUAGUUAACAAUACACAGACAAGUACUCAAUAAUAGGAAAUUCUUUUUUGUUUCUUGAGACAGUGUCUUUAUGUAGCCUUGGCUGCAGAGAUCCACCAGCCUCGCCUUCCAAAUGCCAAUCGUUGCCAAACAAUCUAAGGAGUCAGGAGAUAACUUCCAUUUUUAGGCUCAGGAAAGAUGGUUUGCCCAUGUCAUCACAUCCCUUAUCAGACCUAGCGGUAGGGCUCCAAUCUCGUUUACCAAGAAGCCUGGAGUUUGCGGAGCCAGCUCAGUAGAACAAAACUUGCACGCGGCCAGCUCCACCUCCCUACGAAGCCCCGCCCCAUCCAUGGGGCAAGGCGAGGAGGGGUUUCCAUGGUGACCGCAAACAAGACCCCACCUGGAGGGACCGCUACAGAGUUGACACCCCUGCUGCCACCAUGAUACCCCCCGCAGACUCUCUGCUCAAAUAUGACACCCCGGUGUUGGUGAGCCGGAACACUGAAAAACGGAGCCCCAAGGCUCGGCCCCUGAAAGUCAGCCUCCAGCAGCCUGGACCCUCAGGUCCAGUCCCACAGCCACCCAAGGCCAAGCUACCCUCGACUUCCUGCGUCCCAGAUCCUGCAAAACAGGCAGAAGAAAUCUUGAAUGCCAUCUUGCCUCCAAGGGAAUGGGUGGAAGACACACAGCUAUGGAUCCAGCAGGUGUCCAGCACACCCAGCACCAGAAUGGAUGUGGUGCAUUUGCAGGAGCAGCUGGACCUGAAGCUUCAGCAGAGACAGGCCAGGGAGACAGGCAUCUGCCCUGUGCGCAGGGAACUCUAUUCUCAGUGUUUCGACGAGCUGAUCCGGGAGGUCACCAUCAACUGUGCAGAGAGGGGGCUGCUGCUGCUGCGGGUCCGGGACGAGAUCCGCAUGACCAUCGCCGCCUACCAGACUCUGUAUGAGAGCAGCGUGGCAUUUGGCAUGAGGAAGGCACUGCAGGCCGAACAGGGGAAGUCAGACAUGGAGAGGAAAAUUGCAGACCUGGAGACAGAGAAGAGAGAUUUGGAGAGGCAAGUGAAUGAACAGAAGGCAAAAUGUGAGGCCACUGAGAAGCGGGAGAGCGAGAGGCGACAGGUGGAGGAGAAGAAACACAAUGAGGAGAUCCAGUUCCUGAAGCGGACCAAUCAGCAGCUGAAGGCCCAACUGGAAGGCAUUAUCGCACCAAAGAAGUGAUAAUUUCCAUAUGGGUCUCAGCAGGCACUCCGCCCCAUCGUAAGCCAGUUGUAAUAAAAAGCCAGUUUCCUGAGUGAACAACCCAUCCCCUCCCCUGAUCACCACUCCUGUAAUUGUUAGAACUGUUGCCCAGUGCAUGAAACACCUAUGGUCUAGCAGCAGCCAGGCUCCUGGUUGGGCAAUGGAAGGUGGUGUAACUCGGUGUCCAUGUGCAGCUUACAGAUUGGCCUGGGGAUGUCAUCUCAACAACUCAGGAAGCAAGUGUUUCCCCAGAGAAACUCCUCUUGCACCAAGUUCAGUUCAGUUCUCCUUGUCUCUUGGGCUUCCCUGGGACAUCCUUCCUCUUCAUCACUUCUCUAGUGUAACCUAGCAACUUAGUUCCGAGUUUGCUUUUCGUCUCCUAAGACCCUGUCCUCAGUCUGCCUGGCUCCGUGAGGAAACAGACAACCCAUGCUCACUGAGAGGUAUCCAAGUCCCAGUAUCCUGAGAGCUGUCUGCACCCAGGUCCUCCCCAUUGCACCUUCUGACUCCACACUCCCAACUAGUCAUAAUGAACAGCCAAGGAGGUAGCCACAUCUCACACGCAGUUCUAGUCAGGUUGUGGCCUAGACAGUUUGUAGAUCCAGAAGACUCAAAUUACAGACAAAUUUCCAUUCAGGGAAGCCCAAAGUGGGAGCGGACAGUGAACUUGGUGACACCCAUCAUUCAGUCAAGUGUCAGGACAGUUCUUAAGGCAGCACUAACAUUUCCUCCUCCCUUUUGGUGGGACUGCCUCAAGUACACAGCACCCGUGAAGGGGUGCCAGAAAGGACUCACUCCCUGGAGGCUUUGCCCUCCAGCCCAGUCCAGGCUUACUGCAAGGCUUCUGAUCCUAAGAGCUGUUCUGAGUUGACUAUAUCCCAACACUCUGACCUUAUAGAAGUCACAUCUUUGACUCGCACCCAGUAUCCUGAGGAACUAGGUCUGCAUUAGAGCAAGCUGCCGUGCCGCCACCUUCCCGGAAGAGCCCGGCCCCUGUGGUGUGCUGGCGUUGUGGCCUGCACAGGAAAGCACCAAGCGAACUCAGCGCAGUUAUCGAGCACUCGCCAUUCCUGCCAGCCUCACCACGAACGUCUCUGAAGCACUUGUGCCCUUCCCGCCCUGGAGGCUCGGUUCCCAGCGCUGUGAGUAGAGCAAGAGAAGAACCCACGUCCGUAGGAGACACACACUUCUGUGUGUCCCACUCUGGAGGAAUGAAGGCCAGGUCAAGUGUUGGAAAACUCUGGCUGAGGAUUUACUCUCACUAGCACUGGGGUACAGCCCCACCUGAUAAGCUUCCCAAGUGUGUUGUGUCUUACAGAUGCCAACUGGGCACGAGAAAAAUGAACACAAUUCCUAUGGCACAUUUUUGUAUAAUUUAAUAAACAACUUUCUAGAUG